GCGGGGCUGGGUCCCGCCGAGGCCCCUCAACUUUCGCCGGACGCCUGGGGCUGGGCGGGAGCGGGGAACGCCGACCCAGGGGAGAGGGCGUUCGGGAGACAAAGGCUCCGCUCCCGGGCGGUGGGCGCGCGGGCCGGCGCCCCUGGGGUCUUUGUGCGGACACGUGCAUCUCACGUUUGUGGGUCUUUGUGGAUUUGCGGUCGGGGACGCGCCGCUGCCGGUGCCUUUGUGUGUCCGUGGCUUUGCGUGGCUGCUCGGCACCCGUGUCCACGUUUGCGGGUCUGCGUUUGGCUGAGGGUGUCAGUGGGCGCAUCCCUUGUGUCCGCGUACGUGGUCGGUGCCUGCCGACGUGUCUGGGCUGGGUGUCCGCGGAGGGUGUGCGCGCCGAGAGGCUGACGCCGCCCCCACCUCCCCGCUACCCCGCUGUCCACCCGGGCCCCUGACUUGGCUCCAAACUUUUCUCCCGGUUCCUCGGGCAACAGCCCCCGUCCUCCCCACCGCAGCUCGGCCGGGGGCGCAGGCAGGCCUUCCCUCGUCCUCCCCCUCCCCCUCUCCCUCCUGAGGUCCCACGACCGCGAGGGGCUGCAAUGGGAUUGGUGGUCCAGGGAUCGGCAGCGCCUGGGGACUGGCCGGGCCGGGCCGGGCCAGGCCGGGGCUGGGCAGAGAGUGCGGACUCCCCCGCAGAUCCCCGCGGGAAGGAGGAGGUGAGCGAUGGGGUCCCGGGCUCGGGGUUGAAGAGAGGAAGGGACUGGGCGGCUGGCGCUGCCCUCCCUGCGCUUCUUGGAAAGAGUGUGACCCAGAGAGAUAUGUCUGUUAGUUGGGGAGACCGGCCCCGCUUUGAGACCCGCUCUCCGUUUGCAGCCCACCCCCAGAGUAGGGGGACCAGCCCUUUGACGUGGUAGGUGAGAGGGCAACCGCCAGUCCAGAUCUGGGCAUGCCCGCGGCUUCGGCUCGCAGUGGGAGCUGGGGACAGUGGGAGCCUUGCACACUUAGGUUUCAACUGGGACGGCCACUGGCCCACUGCACGGCGCUGGCAAGUUGCUCAGCUUUGCAGAGGCGCGGUCACUCUGGUACUGACAGGGCCAGAACUCCCUCACGGCUCGGGGUGUGCGAUGGGAAUUACCAACGCUGCUGGAGCCGGGCGGAGAGCAGCACCCGCCCACGCUAGGGUCGUCGAGGAGGUGACUCAGGACCUUCGAUCCUUUUUUCAUCCUUGUGCGCUCUGCCCUUCGGAUAAGUCUAGACUUGCAGCGCCGGACUGACGGGAAAGGAGGGGCGGAGAGCGUCAGGAGCCUACUGAACUUUUGAGCCUAAGUCGCAGAGAUAACCCUAAACACCCUCUUCCCCACCGCUCACUCCAGUCUUUAACCUAGAACUUUGUCGGAUGCUGCAGACAUGAUGGGAGGGCACAGGCCGCUAACCUGGGAAAGCAAAAGCCGUGGGCAUUUUCCUUUCCCUCUCUGGCCUCAGUUUCCCUUCUGGUAGGGGAGGUAUUAAUAGCCUCUCCUGUUCUGCUGACUGCUUCAGAUCCCAGAACCUAGAAACACUUUGAUGUUUAACCUACACCCCCAUUCUGACCUGACCUAUUCCGAGGCACUACUUUGCUUCCCAGGAAAGCUGCAAGGGCCAUCGACCACCAGCCUUCCACUUACCCUUCCUCCAGCAUCAGGUUGAAAGACAAAAGCUAAUAAAUGAGUCAAAAAUGGAGUGAAGGGAGGGGGUUGACCUUUUCUCCUCUUACCUUUUAAAUGACAGUUUGUGGAUGGUAGAGUCCAAAUUAGAUUUCUUCUUAAUCAUAACUCCUGGGUCAACACAGGGGAUGCACUUAAGAGUUCUUGCAUCCUUUUGAAGAGCAAAGCUGGCUUGGGCACUAAGGAUAAUUCCUAAAGAGGGCUGGGUCCUCCCUGAAAGUCCCCUGGUGGAAACAAGUCCUAAGAGAGGUUCUGUGGGAAUAAUCGCAGAUGGAGGGGCCUGACCGGAGGUUACUCCUGCUCACGGUUUUGAAGUCAGUGGUACACAGGGGAGACAGGAAGCGUCUCCCACAAGAGGAGCAGCAUUUGCAGGACCUAUGCAUGAAAACAGCAUAGGUGGUCAGCAUGGUGGAUUGUCAGAUGCAAGGUCUUGAGGGUGGUGAAUUGGAAUUGAACUUGAGGCUGGGAAGGAAGGCAGAGGCCAAAUCACCAAGGCCUUGAAUGCCAGGCUGAGAAGCUAUAUUUGAGCCUGUAGGCAAUGGAGAGCUCCUGGAGGGUUUAAACAGGCCCAGCAGGGUGGGGUUGGUGAUUUAUGAAACCCUUCUCUGGCUUGUGGGUGGUGCUGGAGGCUGAGACCAAUCUAGAGGCUGAGUGCUCCAGCCUCUUAGAGUCAAAAGGACCUGGAUUUUACACUCACUCUGCUGCUUCCUACCUCUGUGGCCUGGGACAAGUAAUUUACUUAAAAUGUGAGGAUAGUAAUUCCUGCUUCACUGAUCUGGUGCAUUAAAUAAGAUAAUGAAUUACAUGUGCAAAUAAAUGAAAAGUGGUUUGUAGUGUGUGUUACAUUGUGCCAACAUUCGUUGGAUUGCACGAACAAUAGAAGGCAGGGACAGCUUUGACUCUGGUCCUAAACCUGAUUUCACCAGUGGGCAGAGCCCUAAGCAUCCUGCAAGAUUGCACCAAUUGUUAUGUUUCCCACAAAGCAGAAGGACGCUUCUGUCCAUGACAUUUCAUUGAUCUGACUUCUCCCCUUCAUGUGGCCAGGCCUCAUGCAGGCAAGGAGGUAGACACAGAUACAUAAAUGGCCACAGAAGUGGGCCAGUACCUUGACAGGGGCAGCCCAAGAGCCAUGGGAGCUCACAGUGUGGGUGGCCUUUCCUGGAUGAGGGGCAGAUUGGACUGGGAAAACCUCACAGAAGAGGUGGCUUUUUUAAUCAAACAUGCGAGAGUUUGCUGGUAGACAGAGGGUAUCUUUGUUUUCAUCAGAGGGAACAGCCUGUGCAAAAAGGCAGGUGGCUCUAGAAGAGUCAGGCCUCUGGACUAGAAAGCUGUCUCUGUGGGAUGGGUUUAAAGAAGGAGCUGUGGUAGGGUUCCAGUCUUCUGUUGGGAAGUGCAUUCUGGUACCCAGCAUGGCUGGCAGUUGGAGGCAGGGCCAGGGGUGAGGCUGUUGCAGCAGGCCUCCUGAGCCCGACCUGGACAGGUGGAGGACUGCCCAGCUUAGGGAUGAGGGAGAGGGAAGACAGUGACCCCACCUGCCCAGGGGGAGCUGCAGAUUUCAUGCUCAGCCCUCGUUCUGUCACAGGUAACACAGCAGCUUCUGCCUGCUCUGACCUCUGUGACCUUUCCAGCUAACCCUUCUUAGUCUUUUGGGAGUGGCUGGUCAGCACCUUGUUAGCCACACUGGGACCCUGGUUGGUGCAGGAGAGAGGAUCCAAGGCCUCUGGGAUGAAUUGUGGAAUCCUCUCCAUCUUCAGCCCCUGCCUUGCCUCAGGAUUUGUGGCGCCUCUUCCUGUGUCCAUGUACGCUGCCUCAGGUUGUUGGGAACUUGAAAAUCUUCAGGAAGAAGGCAUUGGAAUGAGAAAAUCAUAUUGGGAACCUUGCCCAUCUCCCCAUAGAUUAUCCUCCUGGGAGCUGACAAGGUGGUUGGAGGGCAGGACGUUUCUGAACCGUCCACCUGGGGAUUUCCUUGGCAUCAGCCUGAGUGAGCUGAGUGAGCUCAUGACUGAGGGAAGUGGGGUGAGAGGCUGCGUGGCGUUGAGGAACAGCUGGUUGAGACAAAGGCUGGUGUUAGCCCCCACCAUGCCGUGGCCCCUGCUGCUGCUGCUGCUGCUGGCCGUGAGUAGGGCCCAGACAACACGGCCAUGCUUUCCCGGGUGCCAGUGCGAGGUGGAGACCUUCGGCCUUUUCGACAGCUUCAGCCUGACUCGGGUGGAUUGCAGCGGCCUGGGCCCCCACAUCGUGCCGGUGCCCAUUCCUCUGGACACAGCCCACCUGGACCUGUCCUCUAACCGGCUGGAGAUGGUGAACGAGUCAGUGUUGGCGGGGCCGGGCUACACGACGCUGGCUGGCCUGGAUCUCAGCCACAACCUGCUCACCAGCAUCUCACCCACUGCCUUCUCCCGCCUUCGCUACCUGGAGUCACUGGACCUCAGCCACAAUGGCCUGACGGCCCUGCCAGCUGAGAGCUUCACCAGCUCACCCCUGAGCGACGUGAACCUUAGCCACAACUGGCUCCGGGAGGUCUCAGUGUCCGCCUUCACGACCCACAGUCAGGGCCGGGCAUUACAUGUGGACCUCUCCCACAACCUCAUUCACCGCCUCGUGCCCCACCCCAGGAGUGCCGGCCUGCCCAUGCCUACCAUUCAGAGCCUGAACCUGUCCUGGAACCAGCUCCAUGCAGUACCCAACCUCCGAGACUUGCCCCUGCGCUACCUGAGCCUGGAUGGGAACCCUCUGGCUGUCCUUGGUCCGGGUGCCUUUGCGGGGCUGGCAGGCCUUACACACCUGUCUCUGGCCAGCCUGCAGGGGCUCCCCGAGUUGGCGCCCUAUGGCUUCCAGGAGCUUCCAGGCCUGCAGGUCCUGGACCUGUCAGGCAACCCCAAGCUCAACUGGGCAGGAGCUGAUGUGUUCUCAGGCCUGGGCUCCCUCCAGGAGCUGGACCUUUCGGAUACAAACCUGGUCCCCCUGCCUGAGGCGUUGCUCCUCCGCCUCCCGGCACUGCAGAGCAUCAGUGUGAGCCAGGAUGUGCGGUGCCGGCGCGUGGUACGGGAGGGUGCCUACCCCCGGAGGCCUGGCUCCAGCCCCAAGGUGACCUUGCACUGCGUAGACACCCGGGAAUCUGCUGCCAAGGGCCCCAACAUCUUGUGACGAAUGGUGUGGCCUGGGGCCACGUAACAGACUGCUGUCCUGGGCUGCCUCAGGUCCAGAGUAACUUAAGUUCAAUGUGCCGACACAAGUGGGGAGCCCACAGGCCUAUGUGGUGGCGUCAGCGCAGGAGUCAUGGACCGAGGAGAGACUUUGGACCUGGGACUCACACCCAGGAACAAAGUCUCGCCCCUUUGUCUACGUUGCUCCCCCAAACCAUGAGCAGAGGGACUUCAAUGCCAAACCAGACUCUGGUCCCCUCCUGCUUCCCUUCCUCACUUAUCCCCCAAGUGCCUUCCCUCAUGCCUGGGCCAGCCUGACCCUCGACAGGCAGAGGGUGGGUAAGACCCCCCACUGCAGGGCAGAGUUCAGGUCCACUGGGCUGAGUGUCCCCUUGGGCCCAUGGCCCGGUCACUCAGGGGCAUGAGUUUCUUUUCUGACACAGCCCUUUCUUUGCCAUGGGCCCCUCAUGAGGCCCACUUCAUCCUUUUCUAUUUCCCUGGAACCUUAUGGUAGAAGAAAUUGCAAAGAAUCAAGUCCACCCUCCUCAUGUGACAGAUGGGGAAACUGAGGCCUCGAGAAGGAAAAAGUCUAAUAUGAGUUCUUAUGGGGCAGUGGCAUGACUGGAGCACAGCCUCCUUCCUCCCAGUCCCAGCCCAUUGCACUUUCUUGUCUCCUCUAAUAAGCCCUCCCCUCCUCACCUGGGCUCCUCUUGCUGCCCUUGCCCUUUCCCCAUUAGCCCAGGAGUAGCAGCAGCAGGACAGGCAAGAGCCCCACCAGUGGGAUUCUGGGCCUGGCGACCAGCUGUGUGGCAUGGGCUAAGUCACUCUCCUUUGGUGCCUCUGGUAGCUUAGGGCACAUCAGAUCCAGCCUAGCCAGUUUCUCACCCUGGGUUGGGGUCCCCCAGCAUCCAGACUGGAAACCUACCCGUUUUCCCGAGUAUCCUCGAGAUGCUCCCCCAAGGAGCUGCCGCAGUUCCGGAAAGUACCUGGCCAGGAGCUCUGACGGGCCUCCUGGAUUCAGUCCCCACUGGCGACAGCCCUUCUUACCCUCCCAGGAAUGCCGUGAAAGGAGGCAGGGUCUCCCCCACCCAUGUUCUCUACUCCCAGGGUAGCAUCUCAGCUUCCCAGCCCUGGGCUCUUUGCUUAGUCUUCAUUUUAUAAAAGUUGUUGCCUUUUUAAUGGACUGUCACUUUCAACCCGCAUCCCCCACCCCUGCUGGCAGGAGAUGGAGACAUGUCAUUUGUAAAAGAAGAAAAAGGUUGCAUUUGUUCACUUUUGUAAUAUCGUCCUGGGCCUGUGUUGGUGGUGUUGGGGGAAGCUGGGCAUCAGUAGCCUCGUGGGCAUCAGGGGCUGGCCCCACAGAGACCCCACAGGGCAGUGAGCUCUGUCUUCUCCCACCUGCCUAGCCCAGCAUCUGUCUGACUGGUCCUUGACUUAAUAAAUACUAUAAAGAGUUCUUUGCUUCACU